AGUGACGUCACAUCAUGUGCUAGUAUCAAAUGCUCCUAUUGGCCCGAACUUUGGCCAAUGAAGAGCAAUCUUGUAUGGGGGAUCCUUUCCAUGUGGGUACUGGUAAAUUGCUACCUGCUAGCCAAAAGAAAAAAACAUGCUUCGUCGAGAAGUCAGACUGAGGCGCGAGUACUUGUAUAGGAAGGCACAAGAAGACAGGCUCCGAACAAUCGAAGAGAAGAAACAGAAGCUGAAGGGUGCUCUCGAUGAAAACUGUCUGCUUCCAACUGAGGUACGCAAAGAUGCAUUGCAGCUCCAGAAACUUUUGGAAUAUGAUGAUGAUGGCGCAGAGGGUGUCAGCUCACAUAUGGAUGAUGAGUACAAAUGGGCUGGAGUCGAAGAUCCCAAAGUCAUGGUCACCACUUCCAGAGACCCGAGUUCUCGACUCAAAAUGUUUGCUAAGGAGGUAAAGUUGAUGUUUCCUGGAGCUCAACGCAUGAACAGGGGCAACCAUGAGAUUCCUACACUGGUGCGAGCCUGUAAAGCCAACAAUGUCACUGACCUUGUCAUGAUUCACGAAACCAGAGGACAGCCAGAUGGCCUUGUGGUGUGCCAUUUACCAUUUGGACCCACAGCUUAUUUCACACUUUAUAAUGUGGUAAUGAGGCACGAUGUCCCAGACAUAGGCACCAUGUCUGAGGCCUACCCCCAUCUCAUCUUUCACAACUUCACCUCACGGCUUGGCAAGCGGGUAUCCAAUAUCCUCAAGUAUCUUUUUCCAGUGCCGAAAGAGGACAGUAGGCGUGUAAUCACAUUUGCCAACCAAGAGGACUUCAUUUCUUAUAGACAUCACACCUAUAAGAAAACAGAUCACAAGAACAUAGAACUGACAGAAGUAGGGCCCAGGUUUGAAAUGAAGUUAUACAUGAUCAAAUUGGGCACACUGGAAAAUGAGGACACAGCAGAUGUUGAGUGGCGACACCAUGCAUAUACGCACACGUCCAAGAAAAGAAGGUUUCUCAGUGUCCAAUCAGUUUAAAAAGAUUUACUAUAAUCGAACUUUUGGACAGUUUAUCAAACUGAACGACUGGAUUGUUUUUUUGUUUUUGUUUUUUUAAUCAGAUGUAUCAUUGUUGAGCUCCCAUUAAAAACAAGACAAUUUCAAUAUUUCCACUGUAGAUGUCAGCAUUUGUCAAGUGAUGAUAUCAUUUGGACACUUCUUGGUUGCAUGUCCUGUACUUUUUUAAAAUAAAAUGUAUUGCCUA